AUGGCUCAAGCCACCCUCAAAAUCUCUCUGAGAAAAAGAUUUGAUGGGAUGUUGUUUAGAGAUCUGGCAGAACUGGCUGAUAAAGCAUCCAAAUAUGAGGAGCUUCUUAGGGAAGAACAACAGAGGAGGAACUCCUCCAAAGGCACAUACUACAAGUCCCCUUCUUCUUCAAUACAUCUUUUGAGGUAG